AUGGAAAACCUGACGGUGAGAAGGAACUAUCAGAUAUCUGCAGAGGCAGACGGGGCGAGGAUUAAAAAUUUGGAGGGGUCUCUGGAAGCCAUGAGGGGUAUGUCGGGCAUCAAAGCCAGCAAUGAGGAGCACAGAGCAAAGGUCAGAGCCUUGAUGGAGGAGCUGAGCAUUGCAGAGGAACGGGCAGAUGCUGAGCAUCAGCUGGCUGAGGUGCGCAGACAGGAGGUGAAAAUUUUGAAGCGGGCGUUGCACCUCAGAGACGAGGAGCUGGCCAAUGGCUGCCAGCACAGCAUGCAGGAUCAGCUUUCAGACUGCCCGCUGCAGAGCGUUGCACGAGUUCAGCAGCAGCAGUUCAACAGUGGAGAGCUGCAGCUUGUCCUUAGAGCAGAGAGUAAUGUGGAAAUGACCGCGAAGCCAACACUGGAUGACUUCCAGUCAGCUCAAGAGAUCUCGCCUGCAGCUGAUUUGAAAAGUAACAGCAUACUUGGAGAUCUACAGAACGAGAUCAAGAUCUUGCGAGAGGAGGAGAGAACAGAGGUGUAUGCCAGGGAUAUGAAGGCUGUGGAAAAGGCAUCGCAGGAUGACUUCAAUGGCCAGGCCAAUGCCCUGCAGCUGGUCUAA